AUGGCCAAGCUACAAGCAGCCACUGUCUCAAAUGUUCCAGUCAAUCGAAAGCGCAAAAGAAAACACAAUGAUGAACUCACCGACUCAACGGCGGUGGAAGUUGGCAAUGAGACCACCAUAGCAACCACGACCACAACUGUUCCCACAAAGACAGACGAUGGAGGUCAGAAACCACGUAGAAGCAAGGGCACGAAGAAACCACCUCUGCUGAAGAGAAACUCCUCCUCCCUGAACCUUGUCGAAACGAGUAUUACAUGGCCAGACCACUUCACUUAUCUAGCUGCGCUGCAUAAAGCGUUAAAUAUUGUCUACACUUUCUGCUGUACAAGGAAGCACUUUGCGACUACGUGGGACAACAUCAAGUCCACUGUCGAAGGUCACAUUAAGAGACCUUUGGUAGUCGAAGAUGUUGCUCAGGUCAAAGCGCUCAUUCCUCGAGCCGUGAACUUUCUGUACGUGGACGAGGAACAACUCCUUACCGCCAUUCGGGGUGAGAAUGAGGAUGUCAGCGCUGGAAACACAGAUGCAUACGAGCGUGCUGUCGUCGAGCAAGCGGAGAGAGACCGUCGGAGAAGGUUGGAAGAAGCUCAAGAACUGCUCUUGUUUGAAUUCGUGGAUGGCGACUUGAAAAGGCAGGUGGUCGAUCCAAAGACUGGCCAACCUACAAAGGCGACCCAGAAGCUUCGAAACGAGGAACUCAAGAUGCCCGUCUUCAGCCAAAAAUCUAUGCUCAAGCUGAUUGAGAAAAGAAACCUGAAGUUCACCUCCGCUGUCAAUGCAUAUUUGAACCAAUGUGCUGCUGACAGUGAGGACGCUGUUGCCAAAAUACUCAAAGAGAAGGACCAAUACAUCCCCUUGUCCUCCGAUGACAAAGUGAAGACUCCUGCUCCUGAAUCCACUAUCCCUAAGGUCAUCCCGAAGGAUCGCAAGGCAAUAUCCGACAUUGUGAAAGAGCUGACGGAGCAAGAGUGGUAUGUCGGUCAGAUCGUGCCUGAUGGUCAUCGUGUCUUUGACCCACAACCUCCGGUCUAUGGAGAGCUCAACUUCACGCUUUCGCAGAGCUUGGUCAAUGCUCUGUACAAUGUCAAAGGGAUCUCUCAACUGUACUCCCAUCAAGCGGAGGCGAUCAACAAUCUCCUCGAUGGCCACAAUGUCAUUGUAUCUACCUCAACCAGCUCAGGUAAAUCUCUGAUUUAUCAGAUACCCAUGCUGCAUCAAUUGGAACUAGAUUCAGAAAGUCGCGGCAUGUACAUCUUCCCAACUAAAGCUCUUGCGCAAGACCAGCGCCGGAGCAUGAAAGAUCUACUAACGUACUUGCCUUCUUUGGAAAAUGUCAUGGUUGAAACCUUUGACGGAGACACACCUAUGCAGGAAAGAAACAUUAUUCGUGACGAGGCAAGGAUUAUCAUGACUAAUCCAGAUAUGCUACACAUCACAAUUCUUCCACAGGAAAGCACAUGGCGAACUUUUCUGAAAAACCUCAAGUACGUUGUGGUCGACGAGCUACAUGUGUACAACGGCCUUUUCGGAGCUCAUGUGGCCUUCAUCAUGCGCAGAUUGAGAAGGAUAUGUGCCGCGGUAGGAAACCGAAAAGUCAGGUUUAUCUCCUGCUCAGCUACUGUAUCAAAUCCUGAAGAGCACAUGAAGAUCAUUUUUGGUGUCGAUAAGGUCAAGCUCACAGACUUUGACGGGUCUCCAUCUGGUAGGAAAGAGUUUCUUUGUUGGAACACUCCUUUCAAAGAUCCUGGUGAUCCAACUUCGGGUCGUAGUGAUGCUUUCGCUGAGACUGCAAGGCUGAUGUGCAACCUCAUCAUCCGAGGAGUAAGAGUAGUCACUUUCUGCCGGAUCCGUAAGCAAUGUGAGGUUCUGCUUGGCGCUGUCAAGGCGUACUUCCAGGAGAUAGAGCGUCCCGACUACAUUGCUUUGGUAAUGGGUUAUCGAGGCGGCUACUCAGCACAAGAUCGUCGCAGGAUAGAGUCGGAGAUGUUCGGUGGCAAACUUCGUGGCAUCAUCGCCACUACCGCUCUUGAGCUUGGUGUGGACAUAGGUUCACUGGACGCUGUGAUUACUAUGGGCUUCCCAUAUACUAUUGCGAACUUACGACAGCAAUCUGGUCGAGCUGGUCGCCGUAACCAAGACUCGUUGUCUUGCUUAGUUGGAGAUUGCUUCCCUGUUGACCAACACUACAUGGCUAAUCCGGACGAAAUCUUUACCAAACCAAAUUGUGAGCUACAGGUAGAUUUGAGCAACGAUCUUGUGAUAGAAGGUCAUGUUCAAUGCGCAGCUUUCGAGAUGCCUAUUCAGCCAGAGGACGGCACAGACAGUCAAUACCUUGGCAAAACUCUAGCCGAGAUCUGCAGCUCGCGACUUGUAGCUGACUCAGAUGGGCUAGGUUUCUACCAUACACAUCCUCGCUUCCGACCCCUGCCCAGCAAGCACGUCAAUAUUCGAGACACAGAGGACGAUUCAUAUGCUGUGGUCGACAUCACACACGGCCGUAAUAUUGUCCUCGAGGAAGUCGAGGCUUCUCGUGCAAAUUACACGCUCUAUGAUGGUGGUAUAUUCCUGCAUCAAGGUCGUACCUAUCUGAUCAAAGACUUCUCACCAGCCAACAAAAUAGCUCGAGUACAGCUCGCUAAGGUUAAUUGGACCACUCAGCAACGAGACUUUACCGAUGUCGACCCUAUCGAGACCGAACAGGUUCGACGUAUAACGACUCUCGACAAUCCAAACAACCUAGUCCGAGCCUAUUUCGGUCGCAUCAAAGUGCACGCCGUAGUAUUCGGCUUCUUCAAACUCGAUCAGAAGCGCCGCAUCCUAGACGCGGUUGCAGUCGACAACCCACCCAUAGACAUUAUUAGUCGCGGUUUAUGGAUCGAUAUCCCAACCUAUGCACUCGACAUCCUGAAGUCAAAGCGUAUGAACCUUGCAGCUGGCAUCCAUGCCGCAGAACAUGCAAUGAUGUCUCUCAUGCCACAGUUCGUGGUAAGCAUGCCUGGAGAUGUGCGCACGGAAUGCAAGAAUGCACUCAAGGAGUUCGGGAAAAAGGAAACUCAACGCAAACGACCUGCUAGACUUACUUUCUACGAUGCGAAAGGCGGACCAGCCGGGAUGGGCAUUGCUCAGAAGGCAUUUGAGUUUAUUGACCUCCUUGUCGAACGAGCGGUUGACCGAGUCGGAGCCUGUCAUUGCACUGAAGGCUGUACAGAGUGUAUCUGUGACGAACGUUGCAAGGAGAAGAACGUCAUCAUGAGCAAAGCAGGCGCUGAGGUGAUUCUGAAAAGCUUGAUCGGAAGGGAGAUCGACAUCGAUGCGCUACCUGAGGGCGAAGAGGAGAGGGUGCCGGCUGGGGUUGAGACAAUUGUUGGGGCCGUCGAGGUUAUGGGAAGAAAUGGUAAGAAGAUUGAUGAGACGGAAAAGAUUCGAAUUAAGCGGGAAAAAGGAGAUGACGAGUUGAUUGUUAUUAAAGAUGAGGACGGAGAAGAGAAUCAUUUGAGUCUGUAUGAUAUACAAGAGAAUAGAGGAUAG